AACAGAUUUACUUAACCACUGGCAAACCACAUUUCCUUUUCCAGGGCAAUAACUUAAAAGAUUAUGUAUUUCCCUUUGUUGCAAAGAGAGGAAAUACUUCUUCCUAGACUCAGGGCAGCUGUGACCCGUACUCCCAGAGAAAUCAUUAAACCACAAGGAUUCAGACAGAGCCCAGAGCCCUGAAAACUUUGGCCACGCACUUUCCCGCAGCAGCCACAGGCACCGGCAACUUCAGAGAGGUAAUUAGAACUUCGGAAAUCUUAGUGGAAAAGAUGGAGAACUAAGUCCUCCGCAGACUUUCCCACUAAGUAUCCUCAAGACUCACUUUCUACAUGGGGCAAAACAGAAUUAGAAGCAAGAAUCUAGACAAGGCUUCGUCCUCAUUUAGACGCCUUUAAGAAUUCUCUGCUUUAAGUGGAUGAAAACGUCCCUGUAUGGCUGGGUUGCCAUGGUUCCUUGCUGUGACCCCCAGGGCUACUGAGCCUGCCGUCCAGAUAAAAGUGGAAUGAGGAAUGCAGCCGUUCUGAACACCACCCUCCAUUUCAUUCUGGAACCGGGAAGGUACACCCAGGCAUGACAAUAGCUUCUCUCCUCACAGAAAAUUAACUGAUUUCUUCAUUCUCCAUUUAGCAAGGUCAUGGAAGAUUUGGAGGAAACAUUAUUUGAAGAAUUUGAAAACUAUUCCUAUGACCUAGACUAUUACUCUCUGGAGUCUGAUUUGGAGGAGAAAGUCCAGCUGGGAGUUGUUCACUGGGUCUCCCUGGUGUUAUAUUGUUUGGCUUUUGUUCUGGGAAUUCCAGGAAAUGCCAUUGUCAUUUGGUUCACGGGGUUCAAGUGGAAGAAGACAGUCACCACUCUGUGGUUCCUCAAUCUAGCCAUUGCGGAUUUCAUUUUUCUUCUCUUCCUGCCCCUGUACAUCUCCUAUGUGGCCAUGAAUUUCCACUGGCCCUUUGGCAUCUGGCUGUGCAAAGCCAAUUCCUUCACUGCCCAGUUGAAUAUGUUUGCCAGUGUUUUUUUCCUGACAGUGAUCAGCCUGGACCACUAUAUCCACUUGAUCCAUCCUGUCUUAUCUCAUCGGCAUCGAACCCUCAAGAACUCUCUGAUUGUCAUUAUAUUCAUCUGGCUUUUGGCUUCUCUAAUUGGCGGUCCUGCCCUAUACUUCCGGGACACUGUGGAGUUCAAUAAUCACACUCUUUGCUAUAACAAUUUUCAGAAGCAUGAUCCUGACCUCACUUUGAUCAGGCACCAUGUUCUGACCUGGGUGAAAUUUAUCGUUGGCUAUCUCUUCCCUUUGCUAACAAUGAGUAUUUGCUACUUGUGUCUCAUCUUCAAGGUGAAGAAGCGAAGCAUCCUGAUCUCCAGUAGGCAUUUCUGGACAAUUCUGGUUGUGGUUGUGGCCUUUGUGGUUUGCUGGACUCCUUAUCACCUGUUUAGCAUUUGGGAGCUCACCAUUCACCACAAUAGCUAUUCCCACCAUGUGAUGCAGGCUGGAAUCCCCCUCUCCACUGGUUUGGCAUUCCUCAAUAGUUGCUUGAACCCCAUCCUUUAUGUCCUAAUUAGUAAGAAGUUCCAAGCUCGCUUCCGGUCCUCAGUUGCUGAGAUACUAAAGUACACGCUGUGGGAAGUCAGCUGUUCUGGCACAGUGAGUGAACAGCUCAGGAACUCAGAAACCAAGAAUCUGUGUCUCCCGGAAACAGCUCAAUAAGUUAUUACUUUUCCACAAAUCAGUAUAUUGCUUUUUAUGUGGGUCCUCUGACUGAUGCUUUCAGAUUAAAAUUGUUUCCAAGAUAGAGAGCCAACUCCACUUUCAUUGUUAUUGUUUCUGGUCACUAUAUAGGCAUCACAUUUUUGUGUGGAUAUGAAACUUAGGAAGGAUCCUCUUGACUCCUUGUGAUGUGGCAAUAAAUUUUUUUAAAAAACUGAAAAUACUUAGGAAGGAUCUGCAUAAUUUUUUUCUGCAACUUAAAUGAAAUGCAUCAUUCUUGUUAAUUCUACCAUGGUGAAUUAAUCACUUUUGAAGCAAUAUCAGUUAUUUUUUAAAUAACAACUUUUCUAAAGCCUUAAGUCUUAAUAUUAAAUAUAUGAUUGGCGAGGCAUGGUGGCUCACACCUGUAAUCCCAGCACUUUGGGAGGCCAAGGCGGGGGGAUCACCUGAGGUCGGAAAUUCGAGACCAGCCUGACCAACAUGGAGAAACCCUGUCUCUACUAAAAAUACAAAAUUAGCCGGUCACGGUGGUGCAUGUCUGUAAUCCCAGCUACUCAGGAGGCUGAGGCAGGAGAAUCUCUUGAACCUGGGAGGCAGAGGUUGUGGUGAGCCAAGAUCACACCAUCGCACUCCAGCCUGGGCAACAAGAGUAAAACUCUGUCUCAAAAAUAAAUAAACAAAAUAGAUAAAUAAAUAUAUGAUUAAUUUUAAAAAUGUUAAAAUGUGUUCUUAAAUUCAUUUUAAUUCUGUACAAAUAACCUACUAGACACAUUUUUAAAAUGCAACAUGUGUACUUAAUUUCUUUAUGUAAUCUAUGUAUAUACAUUUAUGAAUUAAAGUAAUUGUUGGUUAUCUUAAAA